GUUGAGAAAUGCAUUCUUCAUCUCCCUCACAUUUUUGGGUAGAGCCCUCUUCGGUUCUGUCAAUCUGUCGUCCGGAAUCACUCUCCGCAUCCAGCAUAAGCUCGGGUGUGUAGAAACACUUUGAGUACUCUGCUAAACUCUGCUAAAGUAGCUCUCUUUGAUGUAUACUCAGUGGAUGGAAUUACCAAUUUAAAUAUUUGAAUUGAAAGAUAAGAUUAUGGCAAGGAAAAGGAGAGAUAGAUUCAGUGAGCUUCCGGUUGAUUUACUUGACAAGAUUUUGGGAUGCAUGCCCAUUUUGUACGCAGCUAGAUUGGCUGUUUUGUCUACUCUCUGGAAAGAUGCUUGGUUCAGUCUUACAAAACUCGACUUUGAUCUUUACUUCUUUUGUCACAUAAGAGAAAAGUAUGAUGCGUACUAUGAUGAUAGUGAUAGAUGGACCUGGAAAGCAAUAUAUAAGAAUCCUAAGAUUGAUAUGGUUGUCUCUGAGAGUAUGUAUAUAAUCAACAAAGUCCUGAUGCAUCACAAUGGACCCAUUCGCAAAUUUUGCUUUGCAGUUCAGGUUUAUUCCCUCGAACCACUUGGGUCACGAGUAUUUGACAUCUAUAAAUGGCUCAAUUUUGUCACACAAAAAGGUGUUGAAGAAAUUCAGCUCAAUUUUGAUACACGAGAUGGAUUCUUACUGCCAAACUGCAUCUUUUCCUGCCAAACAUUAAGGAGGUUGCGUCUUGGUGGAUCGUCUUAUGACACAAUAAGUUCCCCUUGCAUUUUACCAAAGUUCACUUCACUUUUUUUUGAAAACGUUGACUUUGAGCGUAGUGUUCAUACAAUUAACGCUCCCAUGCUUGAAAAUCUGUCAUUUGUAGCAUGUCGUGAAACUUUGUUCCAUUUUAACGUUACUGCUCCAAAACUUAGUACGCUAACAUUUCAAGGUUGUUCCUAUCACCAAACCAAUGUCAAUAUUCCAGUUAAAUACUCGACAUGGGAAUCUGUUCGUACUCUUGUUCUUGAUGGUUACUCAAUCGAUAAUUUUUUUGAACCUCUUACUAAAAGGGGGGCGCCACAACAUUCAUCUCAACUUCAACUACUAUACGUGGAAUACUUGAUGUUGCUUGAAGACCCGCUAAAGUGCGACCCUGAUUCGCUUCUAAUAGUAGAGCAUGAUAUUUCUCCUGCAUUCAUUCGUGUCCUGCAGUUAUGCCCAAAGUUGUCCAAACUUUGUAUAGAUGUAUCGUUUUUUCAAGACAUGGAAGGUUGUUU